AUGGUACAGCUUACGGUAACGCCUUCCAUCGCCGACGGCCUGCAGAGGCUGGCUGAGGUGAGAUCGAUUCGGGACGAGACGGACACAUCGAAGACGGGCACAGCAGCGCAGGAACCGACGUCAGAUGGGUCAGCCACUUCUGUAGCAACGCCCAACACGGAAGAACCGACUCUCAAUCCCCCGGCCGUCGGGGAACCCAUCACACAUAGCCAGGUUCUCCAUCUGUGGAGGGACUUGAAGAGCGAGGGUAUCGAUGGAUUCAGCUUGGAGGGUCUGCUCCGAGGCGCCAACGUGUACAUUCCUCCGCCGCCUCCACAGCCAGAGCCUUCUGCCGAGUACAAAGCCCUGAUGGCCCAUCUGCGACGCGAAGAAGAGGAACGGACAUACCAACGCAUGAUGAAGCAGUCGUCCCGGACCGACAACUUUUCUCAGCAGGUACCCGGCACCGCGUCGAGAGCACAUGCAUUUGCCGAAGUGAACCGUCCCAUGCGCGAGGCGGACAACGGCGAUGACGAGGUUACGCUCGGCGAUGUGCAAAAACAGGUCAUGGUCAUUUUCAACUUCCUCGUCAGCAUCGUCGGCGUUGCCGCGACGAUAUGGAUCGCCUCCCGCUGGUGGUCCGUCACGGCGCGCAUUUUCCUGACCCUCGCCGGCUCCAUCCUUGUGCUUGUCGCAGAGGUCGUCGUUUACUCGGGAUACGUGUGGAGGAUGACAGAGGCCAAGGCAAACCGCGAGGAGCCGGAAGAGAUCAAGGAAGUGAUGCAGACAUGGGUCUUGGGCGAGGCAGGCAGCGGCGGCGGCAAGUCGGGAGAGGACGCAACGGUGCUCCUCGACACCAAGACACCGGACACAGACGAGAGAAUACGGCGACGACUGAAGGGUAUGUCAUAG